AUGGUUCGUCUAAAAGCUAGAUAUAUAUUAUUCGAUGUCAUAUAUCCAAAUGUCGAGAAAGAGCAAUCAAACUAUGGUAAAAAGGCUUCGUUAAUGCAAUUACACAGUACUUCACAAAACAUCAACUUGAGACUAAUAGCUGAAUUAGUUAAGAAAAACAUUAAAAUAUUGUUUGGUGAUCAAGGAUCUGGAACAGCUGCUAGUUCAUUGAUUGUUAAAUAUUUUUCACAAAAGACUUCUACUGGUAUUAUACGAUGUUCAAGAGAUUAUCACAAGUUGGUGUGUGCUGCACUUACGAUGAUUACAAAGUUGAAUGGUAAAGAUGUUAUAGUGAGAAUUAUAAGGAUAAGUGGUACUAUAAGGAAGAGUGAACAAGCAGCUAUAGACAGGAACAAGAAG